UUUUUUCUCUCCAGCGGUAACAGCCCCUAUCAACCGUUGCCAUGGGUGAAAUGGACACGUUGAAAAAGGAGGCCGAUGGUCUGAAGGCGCAGAUUGAAGCAGGCCGCAAGGCGGUCAAUGACACCACCAUGGCCACUCUAGCAUCUGGUGUGGCGGCUGCGCCUCGUGUCCAGCUGAAAAACAGAAAGACAUUGAAGGGCCACUUGGCCAAAAUCUACGGCUUGCACUGGUCCGCUGACAACAGGCACAUGGUCAGUGCCUCACAGGAUGGCAAGCUUCUUAUUUGGGACACCUACACCGGAAACAAGGUAUAUGCCGUCCCCCUCAAGUCCUCCUGGGUAAUGAGUUGCUCCAUGGCCCCUUCUGGCAAUCUGGUGGCCAGCGGAGGUCUGGAUAACAUGUGCACCAUCGCCAAUAUCAAGGGUGCCAGCCCAAAGACCCUCAGGGAGCUGGACGCACAUGAAGGCUACCUUUCUCAUAGCCGCUUCCUGAGCGACAGCGAGAUCCUCACUGCAUCCGGUGACACCACUUGUUGCCUGUGGGAUCUGGAGACUGGCAAGCAGAAGGUGAUCUACAAGAGCCACGUGGGUGAUUGUAUGUGCCUGGCCGUGUCACCAGACCAGAACAUUUUCAUCUCAGGGGCGUGUGACUCCAGCGCCAAGCUGUGGGACAUAAGAGAUGGUGGCUGCAAGCAGACCUUCAUCGGCCACACGAGUGACAUUAACGCCAUUGCGUUCUACCCUAGUGGCACUGCAGUUAUCACAGGUUCCGAUGACUGCACCCUCAAGAUGUACGACCUCCGUGCUGACCAAGAGGUCAAUGGCUACCAGGACGCUGCAUUGAAUGCUGGCGUCACGUCAGUCUCCCUCUCCAGCUCAGGACGCCUCAUCUUCGCCGGCUACGACAACUUCAACUGCAACAUCUGGGAUUCUCUGAAGGCCGAGAAAGUUGGUGUUCUGUCUGGCCAUGACAACAGAGUGAGCUGCAUUGGGGUGCCAGACGAUGGAUUGGGUGUCUGCACAGGAUCCUGGGAUAGCUUCCUAAAGAUCUGGAACUGAGCUGGUCCUCCAGAGGCGACAUUGGGAAAGAGA